UAUCAGCUGACUAGACUCAAAGCAUCAACUAAAAAUAUACCAACCGAGAACUGACGGAGCGAUGAAAACUUACGCGUUCAUGAUUGCGCUUUGGUUUACUUGCUUGAUUGCCAGUAACAUGGCAUUAGUUACUCCCGUCAGACGUGAAAACUGGAUCUCACAGGGAGAAAUUCCCUCCCUAUCUCCGGAGAAACGUCUGGUUGUGCAGGCGCUCAGUCCAAUUUUGGGCUCGGGAGCACUCCUAGAACCACACGAAACAAGCGUCCAAUACACAUCUGGCAACGCGAAAGCUACGUUAACCUGGGAUGCCCAGAAGCAUGGCGUCGUUAUUGAUAACAAAUGCAAUUACCCCAUAAUCUAUGCACUGAAAGUUGAAAAAAGCGGAUUAUGGCACUAUGGUGGCAUUCUAAAAUCAAGACAAACCGAGCCCGUUACGUUUCCAACGAGUCACUGGCCCUACGAUGGCGACGUCAAGAUGUUUAUACUGGCCGGACUUACAGAGUAG